ACAAAAAAAUAAAAAACAAAAAAAAAUAAGAAGGAAGCAAUCGUUGUCUCUUUGGUACCCUAGGGUUUUUGAUUUCGCUUCGAUUCGAUUUCUCCUCCUUAGAACUAGUCGAGAUUAUAUAACCUUAGGCGUUUAUAGAAAGCAGGAGGUGUGGUGAUUAUGACUAGUGAAGUGUAUCACGUGAUGCAGGAGGUCAUGCUUGAGUUUCGUGCUGGGAAAAUGUCAUUGCAGGGAACAAGAGUUGUCCCUGAUUCACGAAAAGGACUUGUCCGCAUAGCUAGAGGUGAAGAGGGACUGAUUCAUUUCAUGUGGCUUGAUCGAAACCUUCGUACAGUAGAAGAUGAUCAAAUUGUUUUCCCAGAUGAAGCUCUAUUUGAAAAGGUUAAUCAAUCGUCAGACAGGGUGUAUAUUCUGAAGUUCAACAGUGAUGACCGCAAGUUAUUCUUUUGGAUGCAGGAGCCAAGAGCUGAAGGUGAUGCGGAGCUGUGCUCUUCGGUCAAUCAAUACCUCAAUCAACCACUAGAGUUUCAAGAUGAAGAAGAACUCGCAGCCGCUGUCACGGAGGAAGUGGAAGACAUGGCAGAAGAUAAUACCUCAUCUAGAGCUGGAAACUUGGUUGUACCAAAUUUGUCUGCAGAGGUGAGUGACGUGACAUCAUCUGCGUCUGGGCCAGUUAAGCUGGCAGACCUGCAAAGAAUUCUGAACAACCUCUCUGCUGGACCUGUAGGUAUUGCUGGAGAAGAAGAAGGUUUAGCAUUAGGGGACAUCUUGAAACCGGAGUUGAUUAUGCCAUUGCUUGAGAUGUUGCCGGUACAAGAAAGACUGUCUUCACAUUUACCUGAGGGACACUGUAAGGCAGAAGAUAUUCUGGAGUUAUUGCAGAGCCCACCAUUUCGUCAACAAAUAGAUGCAUUUACCUAUGUACUUCGCACAGGACAAAUAGAUUUGACUCAGUUUGGUAUAGACCCAAGUAAAUUCAAGUUCACAGUUGUCUCAUUCCUUGAGGCACUUGAGGAUUCGGUAUCAACGCAAUCAAAGGAUACAAUGGAUGAGACUUAAAAAUCCAUUCAUAUUCUCAUGAUUUUGGUUCAAACUUUUGACAUUCCAAAUGAGAAAAAAGAUGUUCGUUGUUUGAUAGAUUAAAGAUUUAUGUAGUGUUCUUGAAAUUGUAAGUGUUGCGAUAUUACAUUUUGCCACAAACUCUGGCGUUCGUUUUUAUGACUAGGCUCAAUAAAAAGUGUGUUUCGUACU